CACAGAUCGCCAUCCCUACAACACUACUUUCAAAGCGAUGUUUUGUUCAAAGGUUUGAGAAUCACAGUGAAAAAUUAUGAUUCAUUCAUAAUUUUUCUAAAUGGUGAAAACUUUAUACAAUUUUAGUCCAGAGUUUGUUGUAGUUGUAGUAUGGAUUCAUCGAGAAGAAACAAUCCUGAGAACCAAAGGUGUAUACUUGGUUUGCAAGAUUUGAAGUUAACAAACAAAGAUGAGGAUGGAACUGAGCAAGCGCACCGCGGCGGCGCGACAUCGAAUACUGGUACUGUAGACAAAGCUCGCCCAGUGGGGGCGAUCGAGAGUUUCGUGCUUGAUAACACACAAAAUAGUAAUCGUCAAGAUUAUAGUUUUUACGAACGGUCUAACGUCAUAGCCGCAUCCAAAUUUGCGACCCCAAAACGAGUGGAAACUAUCGCCUCGCAUAAUAAACGCGACAUCAACACAGCAGCUUUACCGUCAAGCCCUACAAGAUCAAUUGAUUCUUUAUCAUUAAGGUCACUCAGUUAUCAGACUGAGGAUUUGUAUGAGAUACCUUCAAACCCAAAUACUCAAUAUCCACCUCCAGUAUACGAGAAUAUUGAUUAUUACGGGGAACAACGAUCGCCUCAACCACCCUACUAUCAUCCUCUGUAUCAAAAAGGCUCAGCACCUCCUGUUUCCGACGGCUACUACGACACGCGUUACAGCAAGGCUCAACCCCAAGUGCCUGUGAACUCAAAACCGAAACCCAAACCAUUAGUUUACGAAAACAUGCUGUGUAAUAGUGACAAUACUGCUGACAAGAAAAGUGAUUUUAAAGCUCCACAAAGUCAUGAUCAACGGUAUAUUCAGCAAGGAUCAGUCCCUGGACCACAAGUGCCCAAUACUAGUGUUAAUAGAAACAUAUCCCAGAUUUCUCAAAUUUUUAGUGAAAAAGUAAAAUUGGACAAAGUACCUCCUCCACCACCAUAUACUUCUACUCAGGAGAACCCAAGUAGUGAUUACACUGUUAUGAAAUCAGCUCCUCCUAAAUACACUGAUGUCAGUGCACUUUUGAAAGCUGAUAGUGUAAUAAGUUUUGAUGAUAAAGCUGUUAAAAUUCCAUCUACUGCCAUAUAUGCAUCAAUAGCGCCAAGUGCACAAAGGCCAAAAGCCAACAUUGCUACAGAAGUUCAAAUUGCUACAGCUAGCCCUAAAUUCUUUCACCCUAAGCCUAAUAUAGCUAACCAAAUUGGUAAAGACAAACCACCUAUAAGUAAUGGUGGUUAUGCUACUAAGCCAAGCACUGUUGGUAGUAGGAUGCAGAUAGUGGAGGACACAAGCACUUCUGAUUAUGUUUGUAUGACUGGAGGGACUCCAGCCACAGCAGUGGCUGCAGCCAAUAAAGAGAGUGUACCACAUACAACAGAUCCUUUAGCACCAAGGGGAUUAGUCUCUGGACUAACAUCAUUGUGCUCUCCUGCCCAGUCUCCAGCACCUAGUCCUACACCAAGUUCCAUUUCACAAGUAUCAGGUGGCUCCCGGGGUUCAGGAGGGCGUGGUAAAAGUUUGUUGCCUUACAGCAUCACUCCACCUCGCCCAUCUGGACCGAGUGAAGCUCAACGUAAAAUAGAAGAAAUGACUAGACAGCUAGAAGAAGAAAUGGAAAGGCAAGAUGAAGAGGGAGAGUACUUUGGCAUUUGUCAUAUAUGUGGAGCAGGAGUGACAGGGGCUGUGCAGGCUUGCCAGGCCAUGGGCAAUCUAUAUCAUACCAACUGCUUCAUUUGCUGCUCAUGUGGAAGAGCUCUGAGGGGCAAAGCUUUCUACAAUGUACAUGGAAAAGUUUAUUGUGAAGAGGACUAUUUGUACUCUGGAUUUCAACAAACAGCUGAAAAAUGUGCAAUCUGUGGUCAUCUCAUAAUGGAAAUGAUUCUACAAGCUAUGGGAAAGUCAUAUCAUCCAGGAUGUUUCCGUUGCUGUGUGUGCAAUGAAUGUUUAGAUGGUGUACCAUUCACUGUGGAUGUGGACAACAAGAUAUAUUGUGUCAAUGACUAUCAUCGCAUGUUUGCUCCCAAAUGUGCUAGCUGUGGAAAAGGAAUUACACCAGUAGAGGGCACAGAUGAAACUGUGAGAGUGGUGUCCAUGGAUCGAGACUUCCACGUGGACUGCUACAUGUGCUGUGUGUGUGGUAUGCAGCUCACUGAUGAACCUGACAAGCGGUGCUAUCCAUUAGCAGGUCGGCUGAUGUGCCGCGCGUGCCACCUGGCCACCAUCGGCGCCUCGUCGGGCCCCGGCCAGCCGCCCGCGCCGCAUCUCUCGCCCGCCUCCUACCAGUACAUGGGCUGAGACUACUUACUAUAAUAGUAGAUCAAGGCUUCGUAUACACUAAAUUUAUGUCAAAACGAAUCGGGGCUAAUUUUACAACUUUAACUCGUUCCACAAUCAGUACCCUUAGCACGAACAAACAUCGAAUUCGAAAAGUUUGCGAGUGCGAAAUGUCAUUGUCAAUUUUUGUAUGGAAACUUGAUUAGCAGCGCCACAACGGACGCAACGAGAGCUAACAAUCAGUACACAUUUCACGUAUCUAGAUCGAAUUCAACUAUUCGAAUUUGAUAAUGGUUCGUGCUAAGGGUACUGUAACCUUAGCAUGAACUAAUAUCGAAUGUCUAAUAACUUGCGUGAGCGUAAUGUCAUUGUCAAAUUUUGUAUGGAAACUUAGUAGCGCCACAACGGAUAAUGAAACCGAAAACUUAAAAUCAGGUCACAUUUGACGUAUACAAUAGAUCGAAUUCAACUUUAAAAGAAUUUGAUAAUGGUUAGUGCUAGGGGGUACUGUUCCAUUUCAUGCAUGGGAAAGAGUAUUGUGACACUUUCACACUGAAUCAGCUUUUAAGAGAAUUGUGGAAUGGUAAAACACUUUUUGAACGGUCUGAUAGCGCGCUUUUUAUUAUUUCACAUUAUUCUAGCUAGAGAAUAAUGUUUGAAGUGCUUUAUUCAAUGAUUGGUGUGGGUGAAAAAGAAAACAAAAAAAAUAUCAUGGAAUGAGCUAUAGUGAGACAAUUAUCGCCCCGAGAUUGCUUCCAAUAUUUAAUAACGCGUGAGUGAGAACCAAAAUGGUUCACAUCUCAUGAUAAAUUGUAUUCACCGGUCGCACUUAGAGGCGUCUAUUGUUUUUUUUUGUUGUCACUUUCUAUGUGAUAAGUUAAAUAUUUUACAACACGCCACUUCGACAACCAUUACGUUCAAUUGACGUCUCAAUGUGCGCCCAUUAAGGAACUUAUAUACUAACUGGAAUGCUUACGAAACAAUAUGGGAAUUUAAAAAAUGCACUCAACUAGUUAUACAUAAAGUCCAUUGUUGUUUCUACGUUCAUAAGGGGGGAUAAUACUCCUAGCGCGACAACGAUGAAAGUGAAAU